CGGAAGCGGAAGUGAGGGUGUGUGGCCGGGCGGAACGGGGCCCGGGCGGCGGCGGCGGCGAUGUCGGCCAGCGCUGUCUACGUGCUGGACCUGAAGGGGAAGGUUCUCAUCUGUCGCAAUUACCGCGGCGAUGUGGACAUGUCAGAGGUGGAGCAUUUCAUGCCGAUCCUGAUGGAGAAGGAGGAGGAGGGGACACUGUCUCCUAUUCUGGCACACGGGGGAGUUCGCUUCAUGUGGAUUAAGCACAACAACCUCUACCUUGUUGCAACUUCUAAGAAAAACGCCUGUGUGUCCCUGGUGUUCUCAUUUUUAUACAAAGUAGUUCAGGUGUUUUCUGAAUAUUUCAAGGAGUUGGAAGAAGAAAGCAUUAGAGAUAAUUUUGUUAUUAUUUAUGAGCUGUUAGAUGAGUUGAUGGAUUUUGGUUAUCCACAGACCACUGACAGUAAAAUCUUACAAGAAUACAUCACUCAGGAAGGUCACAAACUUGAAACUGGAGCUCCACGUCCACCUGCCACUGUUACAAAUGCUGUGUCGUGGAGAUCAGAAGGGAUAAAGUACAGGAAGAAUGAGGUGUUCCUGGAUGUGAUAGAGUCUGUUAACCUUUUGGUCAGUGCCAACGGGAACGUGCUGCGGAGCGAGAUCGUGGGCUCCAUCAAGAUGAGAGUCUUCCUCUCGGGAAUGCCAGAGCUGCGCCUGGGCCUGAAUGACAAAGUCCUCUUUGACAACACAGGCCGUGGCAAAAGUAAAUCAGUAGAGCUGGAGGAUGUGAAGUUCCACCAGUGUGUGCGUCUGUCCCGCUUCGAAAACGACAGAACCAUCUCCUUCAUCCCCCCCGACGGCGAGUUUGAGCUCAUGUCCUAUCGCCUCAACACCCAUGUCAAGCCACUGAUCUGGAUUGAGUCUGUGAUUGAAAAGCAUUCCCACAGCCGCAUCGAGUACAUGAUCAAGGCCAAGAGCCAGUUCAAGCGGCGAUCCACGGCCAACAACGUGGAGAUUCACAUCCCGGUUCCCAACGACGCCGACUCGCCCAAGUUUAAAACCACUGUGGGAAGUGUCAAAUGGGUUCCAGAGAACAGUGAAAUUGUCUGGUCCAUUAAAUCCUUUCCAGGUGGAAAAGAAUACCUGAUGAGAGCUCACUUUGGACUGCCAAGUGUUGAAGCUGAAGAUAAGGAAGGGAAACCUCCCAUUAGUGUGAAGUUUGAGAUUCCAUAUUUCACCACUUCAGGAAUCCAGGUUCGCUACCUAAAGAUCAUUGAGAAGAGUGGCUACCAGGCACUGCCCUGGGUCCGCUACAUCACCCAGAAUGGAGAUUACCAACUCCGAACACAGUAAACCACCUCCCGAGCACCACAGGCAACAGAAACUUCAGGCCUCCAGUUUGGUUUGCAGAAGCUUCUGUGGUCCUGAGAGCUGUGAACGUCGUUGCCAAGGGUCUUUGUUUCUGCAGCCUUGGGGUUGAAAGGAGAAAGAUUGGGAAAGUUCCUCCUUUUCAGUAACUGUUUUGAGCAUUCAAACCAUUAGUAUUGGUCGUGUGAAUAUUUAUUUCCUCCUUAGAACAGGCUGAUCUUGCUGCUAAGUGCUAACGACAGUAGGGGGGCAGUGGUUUUACCUUGAGGAGCCAGGAGGACAAGGAUGAACCUUGGGAAUGUCUUGUUGCUGAUGCCUUGACUGUUACAUUGGCAGCCUUUUCUAGCGGUGGUGUUUUAGGAUCUCUAAAGGCGUUGGCAGCUUAGGGAGAUAAUUGUGCAAUUAACUAUUUGACUGCUGAAGAUUUAGCUGGAUUUAGCCCCAAGGUAUUUAUUUUUCUGGGUUUGUUGUUGGAUUUUUUCCCCCCCCAGGGCAUAUGGAUGCCUUAACUCGGUUAACUUAGCAAAAGUUACAGCUUGUGAGUUCAAACGAUCUGAACAACACCCACCCAACCCCCUCCCCCCCCAAAAUAUUAAUGGCCCUUUUUUUUUCUGGUUUCAAACCAAUUCAUCUUGACAGAAUUCAAGUGAAAGGUUUGGAAACACAAAUCUGGGGCUGAAAGUCUGAAAUGACUUGAAAAUGAGAGCUGACAGAAGUAAAAGUUCUCUGGGAACAUCAUGGAUGAUUUAGGUCAGGUUUGGCAGAAUGCAGACUGAAGGGUUGCAACCCUUUGGAACCCUCGGGGCAUGGACACCUCAAUGCCAAUUGAUCCCCCCCCAGGGCAUGGACACCUCAAUGCCAAUUGAUUCCCCCUCAGGGCAUGGACACCUCAAUGCCAAUUGAUUCCCCCUCAGGGCAUGGGCACCCUAAUGGCAAUUGACUGAGUUUGCUUUUUAAUUGAUAAAUCAAUUUCAAACUGUAAUGCAGAGGCAUAAAACCCUCAGCUUAGCUUAUUUAGUAACAAAAAAGCUCAAACCAAUUUAGUUACUAAGGAAAAAAAGCCCAAACCGAUUUAGUUGCUAAAGAGGAAAGCCCAAACCGAUUUAGUUGCUAAAAAAGGAAGCCCAAACCGAUUUAGUUGCUAAAGAGGAAAGCCCAAACCGAUUUAGUUGCUAAAAAAGGAAGCCCAAACCGAUUUGGUUGCUAAAAAAGGAAGCCCAAACCGAUUUGGUUGCUAAAGAAGGAAGCCCAAACCGAUUUGGUUGCUAAAGAGGAAAGCCCAAACUGAUUUGGUUGCUAAAGAAGGAAGCCCAAACCGAUUUAGUUGCUAAAGGAAAAAGCCCAAACCCAUUUAGCUGCUAAAGCAGAGGAAAGCCCAAACCCAAUUAGCUGCUAAAGAAAAGGAAAGCCCAAACCCAUUUUGUUAGCUGCUAAAGAAAAGGAAAGCCCAAACCCAUUUUGUUAGCUGCUAAAGAAAAGGAAAGCCCAAACCCAUUUAGUUUACUCAACAACCACCAAAAAACCCCAAAGCCCAAACCAAUUUUGGAUCAAAUUCUGUAGGAAGACUGAAAGGUUUGGUAUUAUUUUUCCAGCCAAUAGUAAUAAACCCCAACCUCUUCCUGCAAAUCCCUUCUUGUUUGGGAAGAGGCAGCUAAAAACCAGAGCUGCCAUCCUCCUCCCAGCUUGCCUCUGUGUUACUUUAGGGCACAGAUUUCCUUUUCCUUAAGCUCAGCAGAACCCUUCAGCGUUUUUUUGCCCUGUGGGGGAUGUUUGCUUGCUCUGCUCUUGUUUGUAACCAACUCUCAUUACACCUCCCUGGCAGAAGGGAUCAUGAGCUCAGAAUGUUCUACUUUAAAGUAUUAUUGUUUUGGUUGUUCCUUUUACAGCCUGCUCCACUCUCGUUGCAGUAAGCUAAGGUUGCCAUGGGUGUGCAUAGCUCUGUGUGGAGUUGGCAGCAAAACUUGGAUGGUUAGCAGUAUUUUUCUUUUCCUUCUUUAAACGUCUUUGCUUUAAAACCAGGUUUAACAGACUGCUUUGGUUUGACUUUAGUGCUCCUGGCAGGUGCUAAACAUAAACCAUCAAAAUCCAGUGAGCACUGGUUCCAAGCUUCUUGACACCACUCUGGUGAAAGGGGCCUGAACUCUCCAGAAAGGCUGAGGAGGGAUUUUAGUCCCUGCUCAGUCCUUGUAGGCUACAUCUGUGUAUAGCAAAAAAAAGUAAUCAAAUCAGUUCUCCUUAGGGGCAGCUGCCAGGAGGUUCCAGGAGGAUCUGCCUCAGAAAGGGCUGGCAGCCAAAGGGAUGGUUUCAUCCCUUUGAGAGUCAAAGAGGUUUCAAGGAGGAUCUGCCUCAGAAAGGGCUGACAGCCAAAGGGAUGGUUUCAUCCCUUUCAGAGUCAGAGGUUCCAGGUGGAUCUACCUCAGAAAGGGCUGAGAGCCAAUGGGAUGUUUUCAUCCCUUUGAGAGUCAAAGAGGUUUCAAGGAGGAUCUGCCAUGAGGUUUCAAGGAGGAUCUGCCUCAGAAGGAGCUGAGGACCAAAGGGAUGGAGGCAGUGAGCAGCUGGUUAGGCAAGGGGUAGGUGUGGACAGAGGUUCUGGGGUGAGGUGCUUGUGUUGUCACCCAACAAGCUUGAUGGUGAAUCAAAUGAAAUCCUCUUGUCCAAGACUUUGGUUCCACUACUCAUUUCCAUCUGAACAAUUAAGGUUAUGACUGGACUCAACAUUUUGAUAUUAAAACUGCAUCUGGUUGACAAA